AUGUCAAAGAGGCAAUCAGCGCAGCAGAAGCACGAAAAAGCUAGCAAUCCUGUGAAUUCGUUUGAUAAUUAUGGUUAUGGACACAGAGCAGAAGAUAUUCAACAAAUACCCUCGCAGUAUACGCAUUCUUACUCCCACCAUCACCAAGAAUACGCAGCCUUCAACAGCGCGUACACCAACGCAGCUUAUUUCUAUCCUCAGCCUCAUCCGACGCAGCCAAUUGCACAGCCCGUGCCUAUAAACAUACCCACUCAGUCUUACUAUCCACCUCCUCAUCCGCCCCCACUUGCUCCCAAUCGUUCCGAGCCUGAGCCACCAACGAAGCGUGGACGGACUAACACUUACACCGGCUUCCUAAAUAAAUCUUACGCUCACGAAACCAACCACAAACGCCAUCCUCAGCAUAAAUAUCAAAGAACACACGCCGCUAUCCCUCAGCGUCCAAAUUUCCCGGCGAAUAAUCAAGACCAGCAAUUGAAUUCAAACAAACGAUCGCAUAAUGCUAUGAACUCUGGUAACACCAAUAACAGAUCUACAAAGAGGCAGGCGAAAGCAGUUAGAUCUACUCCUGUUGCUGGUAGAGAUAGGACAAAAAAUUGUCAUCCAGAUGACAAGAGAAGAACUUUGACCGAUUUCAGAAUUACUGCUAUCUCUAUCCCUUCUAUAAACUGGCAAUGGAAGCAGCCAGAUGAGGAAGAAUGUAAGGAGACUGACGCAGCCAAGGAAAACGCCAGGUUGAGAUUGUACUUUGCUUCUCCAGCUACUGUGGAGAGUAAGCGUGGUACUAUCCCACUUCCACCCUCUCAUGACGAGGAGUCAGCAGACAGAUCAACAGACACAUCCACACACGACCCCAUCGACAGUAAAAUCCGCGAAAUCGAAGAAAAAAUGGACAAGACCGGCAUCCUCGAGCCAUCCUCGAACAGAGUAUCAAUAUCAUACGCACUUAACACACGUCGGAUAGUUCUAGACGCCGAGCUGAUUGAACACAUAAUCAUCAAGCGCAAAGAGGGUGUCGUAUCGAUGAGGAUGCGUCUACAGCGGGUGGAUGAUCCUUUAUCCAACAUGGUAGAAAGUACAAGCUAUCUCCCAGAAAGCGAAAAGCAAAUCAUACUCAGCACACACAAAGCUCAAUUGGACGCUGACCAGGCUGACACGAUGCGAAUAUGUCCUGGUAUAAUUGUUGAAAUGUUGGAUAGCGAGAAGGAAUCUUACAUACCGCUUUCUAAACAGAAGCAUAUGCUUGAUGUUCAAGAUGAGACGGUACCACCGCUACAGAGAUUAAUGGCGACAGAACAGGGAGAAAGUGAUGGACUACCCCAGCUUAACGAACAAUCCAUUACCAUCGAGUGCGCACUCGAGACGAAACAGCCACUAACAGAGGCGAGAUGGGUACGUAAUGGAAAUGUGGAGGAGUGGAUUGAACAGACAGUCUCGGGCGCUGCUUUCAAUCCGUACAAAAACUUUAUCGCUAAACAGCACCAUCUUUCAGCUAGAGUGGGUUGGCAUGGUAAAAUUCAAGUCGUUGAUCCUGAUACACCACCUACAUUAGUGUCAAGGAUGAGUAGCUGGGCCAAGUCAUGCACUCUGUACUCAUUUAAAGAACGCAAUAAAUUCCUCGCGACUUGGUUUGGGUUGGGUGAGAAUCUUCUCGAGAAAGACGUGAGGGAGGGCAAGAGAGGAAAAGCAGAAAAGCAAGGAAGGGAGAAGGAGGAGUCGGAAGUGGGACACCAAGAAGUGAGCCAAGUGGCAGAUAAUGGCACAGAUAAUGGCACAGACAACGACAACUACAAUGUGAAUGGUAAAAUCAAUGACAUAACAAAAGAGUUAGAGGUCCUCGCUCGAGAACAAGACGAAGAUUUCACUGUAAAGGAAAAGUUGGAUGAGUCGCAGUCAAAGUCAGAUCAGUCAAAGUCAAAGUUACAGCCAGAGUCGGAUCAGGAAUCUCAAUCUAACGCAAUAUUCCCCACCGCUGAAGAAUAUGAGAUAUCGGAAGCAGGCAAAGAUGCAGCUAUUGAAAUAUUGACUCGAUUCAUACCCCUCCCAGUUGUUAGUCAAUCGAUGAAGGUGAUCCUUGGGAGUGCGAGCAGAGGCGAUAUUCUCGAUCAGGUUAGGAAAUUGCCUCAAAAUCUCAUCAAUAGAUCUAUUGAGUAUGCCUUUAAGGAUUACUUGAGGAUGACUGGUAAAUCGAGGCAUUGA